UGCAGCAGAUUUGGGACGAGCGCAGAGUGGACACGUUAACGUUAAACACUCUCUCCCUCACACACACAUACUCCGAGAUCCGCCUGAACACACACCGCGAUGGACGGAACCAGCGAACGGCAGAGUCUCGGAAGGUUGGUGCUCGUUUAUUCAUAAACCGGAGUGCGUGUUUUCGUUGAGUUUUCAGUGUGAACGGAACGGACUGAGCGCUAGCCGCUAGCGCGACUGACAGAGCGUCCAGAUCCGCAUCAGCGCGACUAGCGAUCAUCAGUCGCGUGCAGCUGUGUCACGUGACCUAGCCAGGUGUGUGCGCUGUGUUUCAGGUAACCUGGAGUGUUGAUGCUGUAGGGUCACUAGAGCUCCUCGCAGAUGUCUGGCUCGGGGCUGAUGGGUCGCGUGAGGUCGGCGUUCCGCAGGCAGCCGGACAGCUGGCACCUGAGCGACGCGGCGGCCUUCGACUUCUCCGACGAUCUGGAGGACGACGAGACGCCCAGGUUCAGCCAGCUGAAGGUGGUGGUGUCUGGAGAAGCGGACGAGAUUCCUGUGGCUUCACGCAAUGGCGCAGUGGUCAGCACACUGCUGGUGGACGACGACGACUCUCUGCUGGGCUCCUCGUCCAGUCUGGGGAGCCCCGGGGCCACACCGGACCCCUGCGACGGAUGCCGCAGGAACAGAGAGCGCGACAAGCGCAGGAGGGUGAUGAGGAAGCUGGGCGUCGCUGCGAUGCUCUACUUCCUGUUCAUGGUGGGCGAGCUGAUCGGUGGAUACGUGGCCAACAGUCUGGCCAUCAUGACGGAUGCGCUGCACAUGCUGACGGACCUCAUCGGGAUCGUGGUGUCGCUGCUGGCGCUCUGGCUCUCGGCCAAACCUCCCUCCUACAGAUUCACCUUCGGCCUCCACCGGCUCGAGGUUCUGUCCGCAGGAAUCAGCGUGCUGCUGAUCUAUAUUCUGACCGGUGUGCUGCUGAACGAGGCUGUGCAGAGAACCGUCCAUCAGGACUUCAACAUCGACGGAGACGUGAUGCUGAUCACAGCCGCGGUGGGCGUCGCCGUCAACCUGCUGAUGGGCUUCCUCCUCAAUCAGUCCGGUCAUCUUCAUUCACACGGCCACACCCACUCUCACGGGUCACCGGGGCGGGGUCAGGGUCAGCGGGGUCACGGCAGUCUGGCGGUGCGAGCGGCCUUCAUCCACGCUCUGGGUGAUCUGGUUCAGAGCGUCGGUGUGCUCAUCGCUGCAUACAUCGUCAGGUUUAAGCCGGAGUAUAAGCUGGCCGAUCCCAUUUGUACAUACCUGUUCUCCAUACUGGUGCUGUUCAGCACAAUCCAGAUCAUCAGAGACACCGGCAUCAUUCUGCUGGAGGGUGUUCCGCGUCAUGUGGACGUGUCUGGAAUCAGAGCUGAUCUGCUGAAGCUGCAGCAUGUGGAGUGUGUGGAGGAGCUGAAGCUCUGGGCGCUGACGGCUGAUAAAACCGCAGCCAUCGUUCACCUGCAGCUCGCGCCGGGGAUUGUGGGUAACUGGGAGGAAGUGCAGUCAAAUGCGAGGCGGCUGCUGACGAGGUCACACGGCGUGACACACUGCACGGUGCAGCUGCAGACGCACAGACAGGGGGCCCCACAGUCCUGCACACACUGCCUCACACCCAGUGCCUGAACACCGUCUGUCUCUUGCUGUCUCACACACACACACACACACACACCACACACUGACACACACUCACACACACACACACACACACUCACACAGAGGAUGAGAGAGAGAGAGACGGGGGACCCAGCAGGGUUUUAAUGAUUGUCUAGCAGCUUUUUCUAAAAUGAAUAUUGACCUCAUUUUGAUAAACCUUUAAUACUGUCGUGCACAGAGGAGAGGACCAGACCCGUUUGAUUUGUGUUUGUUUUGGGAGCCGUCUGUCACUGAGGAGCGCGGACAGAUGGAGGGACGCUUGUGUUUGUGCGUCUUGUGUGUUUUGCGUGAAUCUCAUGAAAACAUGUCCGGGUUGCAUGACAGUGACAACAUUAGAAGAAAAACAAACAUGUACUUGUUUUGCUUGAGCUGAAUGAAGCCUACUGUUUUUUUUUUGUUUUUUUGUUUUGCAGCUUGACAGUAUUUUAAUCACAGUUAAUUUUCAAUA